UUUUUUUUUUUUUUAAACUGUCUUGUGGUCAAGGCUCUGGGGCCAGACUGCCUGGGUUCAAAUCCUGACUCUGCCACUCCUGUGUGGCCUUCGAUAAGUUCCUUAAGCUCUCUGUGCCUCAGUUUCUUCUUAGGGUUUUUGUCAGGAUUAAAAGAAUUAUUAUAUAUAAAGUGUGUAGAUCAGUGGCAAGCACUUGCUAAGUGCUAUUUGUAUAAUAGCUGUAUUAUUAUUAUUAUUAGUCCCUAAUCACAGAGAUGUCAUCAAGAAGGAGACGUGAUCUGAGACCACCUCCAACUCCCUUGGACCUGGUCUUUCCUCCCACUGCACUGUCUACCAUACCAUUUGUUGCUGCUCUGUUUUGCUUCCUCAUUCAUUCACUUGUCCUUUCUUCAUUUAUUCCUAAACAUGUAGUCUGCACCUGCUAAAUGGAUGGGGCUCACUCUAGACAGCAAGCUCUUUGAGGGUGGGGCCGUGCCCUAUUGCUCUCCCACCUACCCUCUGUGGAGCAAGGGAGGUAAUGCUCAUUUCCAUCCCUCCUCAGUGAGUCAAUAGUCAGUGGAGAGGCUGAGGCCCCUUUCAGCUGCUAUUUCUGUGGACUGGCUUAACUCUGCUUCUCACCAAGCUCUGGGGGUUAGGGGUGAAUGAGGGAAUGGAAGGAGGAGAUUUGGUCUGGUGCUGGCAUAAGUUCUUCUCAGGGACCUGGAUAUCCAUCUCUCAAGACCUCAGUUCUCGUCCUAUUCCAGCCCUUGACCUCAGGGAUGUGGACACAGCCCUCCUUCCCAGCACCCACCACUGGGGUGUAGAAGAACGCAGACUGCCCUGGAAAUCUGGUGUGCGGUGUUCUCCUCGCGCCGCUCUGCUGCCUGACUCUCUGUAAGCUACUGGCCCUCCCUGGGCCUCAGUUUCCCUCCCUGCUGAACCAGAUCUCUAAGGCCCCCUCCAGCUCUACGCUACAAGCCUGUCACUUCACCCCAACUUCUUCCCCAGUUCAGAGAACCCGGGCAUCCAGCUGCCCCACCCCAGCUCUGGGUAAACAGGAAGCUGGGUGAGGGGAGCAGGGGUGUGUGGAAAGUCCCAGCCAGGUGUGUGGGUCUAUGGGGAGGGGGUGGCCCCACCCCUGAGGUAUGAAAGCCCCCCUGCCCUGGUCUUGGCUCAGUCUCAAUGGGGGCCCUGGGGCUAGAGGGCCGGGGUAGGAGGCCCCAGGGAAAGGGCUGCCUCCUGCUGGCUGUGGCAGGAGCCACUUCCCUGGUGACCCUGCUGCUGGCUGUGCCUAUCACAGUCCUGGCUGUGCUGGCCUUGGUGCCCCAGGAGCAGGGACGAGGACUGGGUCACAGGAGCUGCCAGAGGAGGAGGCAGAAACAGAUUUCAGCUCCAGGCUCCCAGCCGCCCACCUCAUAGGCGCUUGGACGAAGGGGCAGGGGCUAGGCUGGGAGGCGAAGAAAGAAGAGGCGUUUCUGAGGAGCGGGACGCAGUUCUCGGGCGCCGAGGGGCUGGCGCUCCCGCAGGACGGCCUCUACUACCUCUACUGUCACGUC